AUGGCAACGGAUUAUAACGACUACCUCGACUUUUCAGAUCCCAAAAGCCCCCGCUCAUGGGCGCCAAGUGCCGACCCGCCGCAAAUCAAUGAAGGCUAUGAUUAUGUUCCCGGCCCUCUGACUAUGACCACCAUCGCUUUGUUUGGCAACAACACAUUUUUCGAAAUUGCCGUACAAACUUGGAAUGCUUCUCUCGAUGAGAAUAGCAAGAUCCUGCCUGGGGAGCGCCUGUGCAACCUCGUACCUUUUGCCCGCUUGGAACCGAUACCGUUCACUUCCACUUCCAUCGUGACAUGGUCAGACUCCAAGUCCCCAGGAUGCGAUUUUGGUAUUCAAACUCAGCCCGAAUUAUUGGACGCUCGACAAUUUCUUUCCAAAUGGUUGCACGGGUUUAAUGAUACAAAGACAGCUGUGACAGCAUUGUCAUCAGCGGUGUUUCUAGCCAAUCAGGCCGUUGUGACAAUGGAUCAGUUACUCUCACGCUAUAGUAUCGGGAGUGAUGCACGGGAAGAUUACGGACGAUCGAUUUACUCUGGGUAUGCAACCACGAUACGAAAGCCUCAAUUAUCGCUUUCGGUUGUGAUCGGUAUGACCACUAUCUUGACUUUGGAAUUAUUGUGCCUGGCUAUCCUUGCAUGGCUGAUCUAUCGUGGUCCAUCGGAAACCCGCUCUCUGGACGCCAUGGCCUUCCUUAGGCUCAAAGAACGCAUGGAGGAACAUACAAGCUUCUCGUGA